GUGUAUACCAUCACUUAACUUCUCUUUAUGGCUCAUAUUCAUCUCAUCCUCCUCUCCACUCUCAUCUUCUCUGUGAAUGCCCAAUUUGAAUUGUUUCAAAUGGUGCAACAGUGGCCUCCGGCCACAUGUGCAAAUUUCCCGUGUGCUCAAUCACCAUCUCCAACCAGGUUCACCAUCCAUGGCCUAUGGCCGGCUAACUACACCAAGCGCUACCUUGUUUGCCGCGGAGGAACAAAAUUUUCUGAAACCAUUCAGGGAUUUGCUGCACUCGAACCACUUCUGACUCAUCAUUGGCCAAACUUGGAAAGACCCGACGACAUAGAUUUUUGGAGAAGGGAAUGGAAUAAACAUGGACCAUGUUCGGAGAAUGUUUUUGACCAAGUUCAAUAUUUUCAAACAGCUUUGAACAUUCGCACAAACCCCAGAUACGACCUACUGGCUAUUUUGAAGGCCGCCAAACUCGGUCCGACCGGCAACACAUCCCGCCAAUAUCAAGUCAUCAAAAAUGCCAUUCAAGCCGCAACCGGGAAGAAGCCAGGGCUUCGUUGCAACGUCAAUAAAAACACUAAACAGACCCAAUUGCAUGAAAUCGUAUUAUGCUUCCAUAAGGAUGGUGCAACCCUUAUUGAUUGUCCUUUUGCCGACUGCCCACCACGGUUUGCUUUUUACCUAAGCACUUCAUUCUGAGAUGUGUAAGACUUCUAUGAAAAAAAAUAAAUAAAUUACUUUAAUCGUAAA